UCUGCCAAUUUGGGUCAGAACCCACUUAUGAAUCUGAUCUGGUGUGUUCAGGUGUCCUGAGACAGGGGGCGCUGUUUCUAAAAUGAGUUCCUCAGAGGAGACCGAGACUGACAAUGGAACCCACGGCCUUGCGAGAAAGAGGGUCCAGGUAGAUAGGGCUGGAUCACCUGUACCCAGCUGUCUGUCUAUGAAGAGUGACCGUUCAAUGGAUCAUCCAGUCGACCUCAGUGGAGAGUUCACAGGUGAUCAAAGGGUCCAGGUGAAUAGGGCUGGGUCACCUGUACCCAGCUGUCUGUCUAUGAAGAGUGACUGUUCAAUGCAUCGUCCAAUCGACUUCAGAGGACAGUUCACAGGUGAUCAAAGGAUCCACUGCUCACAGGCAUCCAACCGUCUUGUAGAGAGGAGUUCAGAGAAACUGUUCUCAACACAGCUGACCAGCAGCCCUGUGAAGCAGAAGGAUCUCACUGACUCACUGGAGAGAGAUGAGCAGCACAAUACAUCCAUAGAAAGAGCACAGAAGCUGCUGAAAACUGCUCUGAAAAAGUUUGAACACAUAUUUGAAGGUUUAGCAAAGCAGGGCAACCCAGCCCUCCUCAAUGAGAUCUAUACAGAGCUCUACAUCACAGAGGGGGGAAGUGGGGGGAUCAAUGAUGAACAUGAGAUCAGACACAUUGAGACAGCAUCCAAGAGACACACCACACAAGAGACUGCAAUCCUCUGCAAUGACAUCUUUAAGCCUUCACCUGGACAAGAGAGACCCAUCAGAACUGUGCUUACAAAGGGCAUCGCUGGCAUUGGGAAAACCGUCUCUGUGCAGAAGUUCAUUCUGGACUGGGCAGAAGGAAAAGCCAAUCAGGACAUUGAUUUCAUUUUCACUCUUCCUUUCCGAGAUCUGAAUCUGAAAAAGGAGAGAGAAUUCAGUCUGAUGCAACUUCUACAGCACUACUUUCCACAACUGAAAGAGAUCAAGAGUAUUGAAGGCGAUAAAGUGAAAAUUGUAUUUAUCUUUGAUGGUCUGGAUGAGUGUCGACUUCCUCUAGAUUUCCAAAGCAAUAAGAUCUGCUGUGAUAUAACAGAGUCAUCAUCAGUGGAUGUGCUGCUGACCAACCUCAUUCUGGGGAAUCUGCUUCCCUCUGCUCUCCUCUGGAUCACCUCCCGACCAGCAGCAGCCAAUCAGAUCCCUCCUCAGUGCGUCCACCAGGUGACAGAGGUACGAGGGUUCAAUGACCCACAGAAGGAGGAAUACUUUAGGAAGAGAAUCAGAGAUGAGACAAAGGCCAGGAGAAUUAUCUCACACGUGAAGUCAUCCAGGAGUCUGCACAUCAUGUGUCACAUACCGGUCUUCUGCUGUAUUUCUGCCACUGUACUGGAGACAAUGUUGGGUAAAGAGAGUGGAGAUCUACCCAAAACUCUGACUGAAAUGUACACACACUUCCUGCUCAUUCAGACUAAUGUGAAGAAUGAGAAGUAUCAUGGCAAUGGUGUGACAAACCCGAAAAUCUCUGAGUCAGAUACAGAAAUCAUCCUGAAACUGGGGCAGCUGGCUUUUCUACAGCUGGAAAAGGGCAAUCUGAUAUUCUAUGAAGAGGACCUGAGAGAGAGUGGCAUUGAUGUCAGUGAAGCUUCAGUGUACUCUGGGGUGUGCACAGAGAUCUUUAAAGAGGAGUGUGGGUUGGGUGAGGAGAAGGUCUACUGCUUUGUGCAUCUGAGCAUUCAGGAGUAUCUGGCUGCCUUGUUUGUGUUUCAUUCAUGUGUGAAUGAGAACAGAAAUGUACUCAGAGCAGAAGAAUCAAGACCUCGCAGACACAGAGUGCACCUGUCUGAGUUACACACGACUGCAGUGGAUCAGGCCUUAGAGAGUAAGAAUGGACACCUGGACCUUUUCCUCAGAUUCCUUCUAGGCCUCUCUCUGGACUCCAUUCAGACUCUAUUAGGAGGAAUACUGACACAGACAGGAAGCAGAUCACCUGUACCAGAUUGGAUGGAAGCACCAUAUAAUUACAGUCCAUUUACCUUGUACCAUUUAGAUCCACAGACACAGACAGGAAGCAGAUCACCUGUACCAGAUUGGAUGGAAGCACCAUAUAAUUACAGUCCAUUUACCACUUACCAUUUAGAUCCACAGACACAGACAGGAAGCAGAUCAGAGAGCAUUGAGAGAACAGUAUUGUACAUAAAGGAGAGGAUCAAAAAAGAUUCUUCAGCAGAGAGGACCAUAAAUCUGUUCCACUGUCUCAAUGAACUGAAUGACAACUCUCUAGUGGAGGAAAUCAAGAAUCUCCAAACAUCAGGAAAACUCUCUAAUGAAAAGCUGGAACCACACCAAUGUUCAGCUCUGGCCUUUAUGUUACUGAUGUCAGAGGAGAUCCUAGAUGAGUUUGACUUGAAGACCUACAACACAUCAGCAGCAGGUUAUCAGAGACUGCUAACAGUAGUCGGGAACUGCAGGAAGGCCAUACUGAACAGCUGUGACCUCACAAUGACGUCUUGUGAAAUUGUGGCCUCUGCUCUUCAGUCAUCAAACUCACCCCUGAGAGAACUGGACCUCAGCUACAAUAACCUGGGAGAUUCAGGAGUGAAGCUGCUCUGUGCUGGACUGAUGAGUCCAAACUGUAAACUACAGAGACUGGACCUCAGCUACAAUAACCUGGGAGAUUCAGGAGUGAAGCUGCUCUGUGCUGCACUGAUGAGUCCAAACUGUAAACUACAGAGACUGGGCACAACAAAGAAAAGCAGGAUAAACCCUCAUGAGUCUUAGGGUUGCCAGGUUUGUGGUUCUUGACCAGAAUGUAAGUUUUCAGUGGAGUCUGUAGUAUCAGGUCACAGGUGAUGACUGAAUGCUGAAUGCAUGAUUGACAUUGUAAAAUAUUGACCACUUCAGUACAGUAAUAUGUUUCACGUCUAUCAUAACAUAACAAAAAUAACAUAACAUAACAUAAUGACGAGAAUAGGUCAUUCAGCCCGACAUGCUCACCGUUUUACUGCCUACCACUAGUGCUUGGUUUACCUACAAACUAGAUAGUAUCCAGCAUCGUAUCAAGCCCGGUCUUGACAACCCCCAGAGUUUCUGCCUCUACUACAUGACAUGCGCCAAGCUAUUCUACACAGUGACUACUCUCUGUGUGAAAAAAUACUUCCUAACGUCGGUGCGGAAUUUACCUUUUGCUAAUUUCCUUUUAUGCCCCCUCGUCAUACUAACAGAGCUGAACCUGAAGAAUCUCUUGUAGUUCACUUUGUUGAUCCCCUUUAUGAAUUUAAAAGACUCAAUCAAAUAACCCUGAGUCUACUUUUACUAAGCUUGAAGAAGUUAAGCAUCUGAAGUCUUUCCUCAAAACUUUUAUCUUUCAUACCAGGAACCAGUUUGGUUUCCCUUCUUUCAACCUUUUCCAGAUCCUCUAUAUCUUUCUUGUAGUACAGUCCCCAGAACUGCACACAAUUCACUAAGUGUGGUCUGACAAAGGUAUUGUAUAAAAUAAGUAUAA